AUGUCGAAGGAGAUAUUAGGAAGUGUGAUUCAUUGUAAAAAUGCGAGAGGCACCACCUCAGUCACCUCGUUCUUCACAAAGCUGAAAGAGUUGUGGGAUGAGAAAGACUCGCUUUGUGGCUUUCUUGCCUGCACUUGCAAUACUGCCACCGAAGUGAAGUGUUACAUGGAGACACAGAAAACAAUGAAAUUCCUUAUGGGUCUUAACGAAAGCUACGCUACUAUCCGCAGUAACAUAAUCGGUCUGGAUCCGCUUCCCACUGUGAACAAGGCCUAUGCUAUGGCCCUGAGGCAUGAGAAACAAGCAGAUCCAAUAGCAAAGCAGUUGCACCAGCUGAGGCAUCUGCAUUCUCUGUUAAGAAGUUUGGUCGAGCUUCUAAUCAUGCUGAUAGUGAUGUGA